CAAAAAACUCAAAAAGUGUUUUGUUGACACAACAGGACGAAGUUCUCCUCCAUAGGCUAUAUCGCUAGAAUAACGAAUAGUGAAAAUAUUCGGCGAUUAUAAUUAAGCCUAUUCCGCAGGUAACAAUGACCACAGUGAGACCGUGCCUAACCUGCUUCCGAAAAACGGACAACUAUAUGCGCAUAACAGACGAAACGAAUGCGGACGAUGUAGAACGGAUCGUGACCACCCACUUUUGGUUCUCGGAAAACGAGUGUUUCGACAGUGUCCUCUGCACCAGCUGCUGGGAAAAGAUCGAUGAAUUCCACAAAUUUUACAGUGAGGUCAAGCGCGCUCACCUAGAGCUGGGAGAUACGAUUGAAGUACAGAUCAAAGUGGAGCCGUUAGAACAACCGCUUGGUGCUGUAAAGCGAGAGGGCGUGCAGGAUGAGAAAAAGGAAGACCAGGUGAUGGAAAUAGUUGAGUUGGAAACAUCGGAAGCGAAGGAACCCGAAACUUCUCCGGAGGUCAAAGAUGAACUGAAAUCAGAGGAACCGCUGACACAACCUGAGGCCGUGCCCGUGAAGAAGAGUAGGCGUGGUCGGAAAAGAAAAAUAAAUUUAUCUGAGUCGGAACCGGAAUCCGAAUCUAAACCGGAGUCGAUAGCUGAACAAGUGAAGGAGGCUUCGUCUUCAGAAGAUUCCGACUGGGAACCGCCUCAAAUAGACGAUUCAGCAGAUGAACGACCGAAAAAGAAACAGAGACGGUCGAGAAUCAUGAAACAGCCCAAGAGGAAGUAUGCUCCUAGGAAACCCCGUAAACCGGAAGAAGAACGGUCACAGAAUGCUAAAACAAAGAAUGACGUCGCAAAAGAGGACGAAUUUAUUCGCAAAUACUGCCCGAUAUUCUGCGAUAAAUGUGACUUCAACUCGGAUACUUUUGGGGAAUUGAAGACACACACGACGAUGGUCCACAACAGUAAUCCGAUGGUGGUUUGUUGCGAGCACAAGUUCUACAAGCGAUCGUUCCUCUACCAGCAUGCUCAAUACCACGAAAAUCCGGACAAGUUCAAGUGUGAGCCCUGCAGUAAAACAUUCCUCAGCGGAUUGGCACUGAAACUGCACAUGGACUAUACGCAUGUAGCGGACGAGGAGAAAAUUUACAAGUGCGAAAUCUGCCAGGCAAGUUUCGCCAAACACUAUCAUCUGACGUCGCACCGGAUGAAGCACACGUCGAUUGCCGAGAAACGGUUCUACUGCGAACCGUGCGACAUUGCCUUCCGAACGAACCAAUCCUAUCGCACGCAUCAACACUCAAAGCAUGGAGCCGCGGCGAAGUAUGUUUGCGAUAUAUGCGCCAGAGGAUUCCGUCAAAAGUCCGAUCUGAUUACACAUCAGUUAUCGCACAGUGCCGAAGGUUUGGAACAGCUUAAGAUUCAGUGCGAACACUGCCACAAAUGGAUGAAGAACAAAAAGUCGAUUUGGACACAUCGGAGGAUCUGUCAGAGCGCUGGUCCGGUCGCUUGUGACAUUUGUGGCAAAAUGGCACCGAACCCGGAACAGCUCAAGAGUCACAAGAAGUUUAUGCAUCAAGAUCAACGUGUUCAUCAGUGUGGCUACUGCGAAAAGGCGUUUAAACGUCCGAUCGAUCUGAAGGAACACGAAACUAUUCACACCGGAGAGGUUCUGUACACGUGCAACUUCUGCCCGAAAACGUUCAAUUCCAACUCGAACCUGUACUCGCAUCGGCGGAAAAUGCAUCCGAUUGAGUACGCCGAAUGGAAGUUGGCCCUGCAGUUAAAGAAACGACCUGCUCCGGUACCACCUGCGAGCAGUUCUGCCGUUACCUCUAUACCGCCGGAGCUACAGCCGUUCAUACCGGUUCUAAUGCCGACCGAUGGAACGAACUACGUUUGAGUAAACUGAAACAGAACCAUUAUUUCGUAAGUAGAUUUCUCUGUUUUGUGCUGGUAUUCGUUUAAUUGUGAGACACUAAUCUA